AUGAAUCUACUCGAAAAUCUUAUCCAUGUAACGCUCGACUUUGGCAACCCUCAUGUGAGUGGAGACUGGAGUGCAUCCACUGAAAAGCAGCUUGAUAAUCUAGUUCCCCGGCAACUACUAAGCGUCCGCCUUCGCAUUUCUUUUAAAAACAUGUGUGAUACUGGUGAUCCGGAAGCCCGUUGUGGAGGAGGUGAUUCUGAGGGAGUAGCGCCCUCGACUUUGCUGAACUUUCUUUCUCAUGUUGGAGAGAACAAUUUUGUGGAAGUUUGGAAAAAGCUGUUUGAGUGGGUUGUCGUAGUGCCCUUCCUGAUACCUCGUAUGGAGGCGAAUGAAGGAAUUCACGCGGGCCUCAUUACGUCUGGUGACGCUGGUGCAUUCCACUUUGGUACUCCUCCUUUCUGGGAAGAACGCCAUUUUGCUCAAUCGGCGCGAGAGGGACAACGUUCUUCAUACUGGCUAGCCAGCAGCGCGAUGGAAGUGCAGUGCUCAGCUUUUUCUGCGAUCGAGGCAUCGGUGCCUAUUAACAGCCAAACCUCAGACGCCGCAAUCUCCAUUCCGCAAAGUAUCGUGAGCGAGUACAUCUUUAAUUUCACGGUGCCCGAGAUCGAGCGUGCACUCCUGGAUAUACCGGGCAUCUUUGCGUUUGUUCUCAUACUGCCCUUCGGGAUUCGCAACGCUGCGGCGUUGUCUCUGACCAGUGAAAGCGAAUACAGUCCUGGUUCUCGAAACUCCCCAUCACCGUUGUUGCUUCAUCAACGAAACUCGAGAUAUAUUCUUAUGAAGGUUCUUUUCCGAUCUCUGCUGGACUCGAAUAGCGACAACAAUGAUGCCUUGUUUGGCCGCGAGCGAGGCUACUUCCUUCCAGUUGGUUGCCACUACUCACCCAUUCGUGUCCGCUGCGCGUUAGACUUGAUGUCGGUCACGUUUCCUUUAAGUAAUGACCGACUACUACUGAACUUGAGCAUCACAAAUGCCUCGAGUGCGCCAAUCACUUUCUAUGGUGCGACUUUCGAUCUCUACGCCAGUGACGUGUGGAAUCCGGCGUAUGAGACGCCGGGGAAGUCGCUCCCUAAUGGUGAAGGCCCCUCACAAAAACCAACUGUGGUGAGCAUCAGCUCCUCAGAGCAGCGUCUGGGCCCAUCUGGUGCAAGCCUGCGGACCAUAGAUGUCCUCACCAAAAUUGUUACCAUCACGCCAAUGCUAGCGAGUGAUGACCGUCCGCCGGUUUUCCUGCAGCCCCAAGAGACCUACUCUUUUCAGUUUGUGGUAGAGGUUAUCCCGCAGCUGUGUUACUUACUGAAUCCCGAGUCGCUACAGUACGUAUACGAAGCGUUUCGGCGCGACGAGGACCCUCAGAAAACACCCCUUGAUAGAACGGAUAUGCGUGGGGAUGCUAUAGGAGGGGCACGUGGCUGUAGGUGGGGAUCUGUUGGGAGGUGCGCGGAGACGGUGGUGAUUGACUGCUACGGCUCUCCGGUUGCGACUGAGGAAUUGCUGCAUGUCCUACAUUCCUCCUACGUAUCCCAGGUGUAUGUCUACUACUCGCUUGGAUUUUCUGCUAGGGACGGUAGUGGUGAUGCGCAAAGUGACACGUUGCAUACACAGCACUCCGCGCAAUGGUCAUUUGUGGCGUAA